CUGGCACGACAUGAGGAUGGCUACGGGAGAGGCGGUCCUGCGCGGCGCGGCGGGCGCCCGUGCGGCGGCAGACCGCCUCGUGUCUCGGCUCAGCCGCGAGCUGGCCGAGGCAAAGCAGCGGUGCGCGGCCCUGGAAGCGGAGCUGGCGGCGCGAGCGGGCUCCGGAUCCACGGUGGCCGCCGAGGUGGAGCGCCGUGAGGCGAUUGCUCGACCGGCGUUGGUCGCACGACUUCAGGGCUGCAGCGUACCCCAUGGAGCUCGCCUACGCAGGAACGUGGCGCUGCAUUCGCUGGAGUGCCCGCCCGCCUCGGCGCCGCUGGCGAGCUGGCGGCGGGCGCAGCGCGGGCAGCGGCUCGGCUCGGCGGACGUCGUCACUCAGCCGUCCCUUCGAGCUGACGCCCCGCCUUUCUGCCCUGGUUUGGGCCGCUGGGAGACGGUCAAGAUGAUGGUUUCGCCGAGCUUGCUGAGCGCGGUGACGUGCAUCUUCACCGUCGUCUGGUUGAUAUUCCCCUCGACGUUCGUGCAUCUUGCGUCCCUGGUCCUGGUGUACGCCCUGGUCUUGUACGUGGUGCUGAGUGGUGGCAGGCCCGUCAAGCCAUUGCCAACACAUGGCUUGUCCAAGAUGCAGGCGAUGAUCGAGGAGCAGCUGCGCCUCGUCGUGAUUCCGAGCCCGCCGUGGGCGCGGCUCCUCCGCGACGCCGACGCCCUGAGAUGUCCCACACCACGUUCUGCAGUCGCCACGGGGCCGCCCAUCGACUGGAGCGCCAUCGCGGCCCCCUCCGAGGCGGGCGUGGCCGCGCAGACAGCACCAGCGGAG